AACAGCUUUGACUUAUCAAGAUCAACAGUCGGCUUCUUGCAAUUUAAAUCGUCUCAAUAUGGUUCUCUUCACAAAGUCUGCGGCUGCAGCCGUCCUCGCCUUUUGCUCUGCUGUCCAAGCUAGCCCCGCAGCUCCUCUGAACGAUAGGCAAGCCGAGCAGGCAGAGAUCACUCACCCCAUCGGCUUCGACGCCACGGCUGCUCGCCGUGUUCCAGCCGAUGCCCCAGUCCCCAAAGAUUGCUGUUGUUGACGCCGCGGAACUCACCAGCAAUGUUACCGAGGCAUCUCCUUUCACACCCUCUGGUGCUGCCCUCGAGGAGGUCGCCAAGCGCUUCAUCGUCGGCGUAGACAACCGUCACCUCUGGACCGACCCCAAUUACCCUUUCCACUCCGUUGGAAAACUUCAGUGGUCUAACGGCGUCUUCUGUUCGGCUGCCUUGAUCGGCCCUCGUCACAUCUUAUCUGCCAAGCACUGCAACCCCGACCCCCCUAUCCCGGGAUCCUUCUACCCUGGCUUCGACAACGGGGCCCGCUUUGGCUCUGCCCAGAUCACCAACGGUCUCUUCACCUACGGCCAAGAGCCUUUCUCCCCUUGCGAAACCAAGGGUGACUGGGUAGUCUAUGCUCUCGACCAGCGCCUCGGUGACCAGCUCGGUUAUUUCGGCGCGAAGGUGCCUGACCGCAACAUGUUUGACAAGCCUCAGUUCUUCCAUAUGGGCUACCCUGGUGACAAGGACGGGGGCAAUCGCCCCUACCGCCAGACUGACAUCACGGUUCACUCUAAGAGAACCUUUGACUGCGACUCAACUGGUCCCUUUUACACCGAUACCGAUACCAUGGGAGGCCAGUCCGGUGGCCCUCACUGGGAACUUGAUGGCAAUGGAAACCGAUGGAUCUGGGGUGCUCUCUCCAUUAGUGUCACUAGUUCUGCCGAGACUUAUGCUGGCUGGGCUUCUGGCAGCUCUAUGAUAGACGGCAUUCUCAAGAUGCGGGCUGACUUCCCUUAGAAAGGCCGAUGUUAGUGACGGGAAUCAGGCGUGAUCAGUCGUCAUUCUCCAUGCUCUUUGUAUCUGCGAUGACGAGCUCGGCAAAUUUUCUACUUCCUUCAACUUAGCAGUAGUCAAUACUAUAUCAUAAAUCAAAGGAAACCUCAAGUCCCAUGAAGAUUAAUCAAGACGAUUCGCUAGC